UUGGAGCGAGGGCCGAGAUAUUUAAUACUAAAGUAUAAUUGCGUUACCUUUAGGUAACAUUCCUAUUUGUCUGAUUUGAUUGAAGAAACGCUUUGGGGGACCCUGAGCCCCCCUUUUAUCGCUGCCCCUCCUCCUGGUCCCUCCCUUUCAUUAACACUGCAGGUCCAAUGCUGGUAGACAUGUGAGUUGUCUGACUUUUAGAAGAAAAACGGAGGCUAAUGUGUUAUGUGGACAGAGCUAUGAACACCGACUGGCGUACCAACUCCUGAAUGGCAAGGAUCAGCGCCUGAAGGUCGGAACUUUUCUAUUUUAUUUACAUCGGAAGCCAAGCAAAAUAACACUCCUCACCUUCAUCAGCUCGACUCUGAUUUUCAUUUUUUUUCCCCUAAUGAAAUUACUUCUGGGAUUUUUCUUUUCUUAUUUAGUUUUUUUUGGGUGUGCGGAAAUGCUCUCCCAUUCUAAUUCUGCCUAGUCAACACUCCUAACUUAACUGCGAGUUUUAAAAGGCAGACGCUUGCACAAGAAAGAACGCUUUCAUUACAGUUUAUUUUUGAACUGGAAGACUAUUUACGGGAUUUUGGCUGCAGAUCAGGGUGACACCAACAACAUGGGGCUUUUGAUUUGGAUGUGCUGGCUGCUGGCUCUCCCACUGCUUCAGUCUGCCAAGAUCCUGACUGUCUGCCUAAUUGAAGUGUAUGCAAACUUAAAGUGGCUGAUAAUGGUAGCCCUACUGACUCAGCACUGGACGAUGCUGGUUUUUCCUGCAGGAGGAAGCCACUACUUGUUAUUUGAUGAGAUCUCGUAUAAUUUUCAUCUGCAUGGCCAUGAGGUCCGCAUGCUGCUACAACUUGGAAACCCUCUUAUCACAGGUUUAUCCUACGCCAGUCGUAACGGCAGCUACCAGACCAGCACCUGGUCCCUCGGAGAGGACUACAUUAAACAAUACAACGGCUGGUUCUUGGAGCAACAAGCACAGUUUUUACUGGGACGAGAUAGCUUUAAUGGCUUUUUGAACUUCAUGGGCCACCUUUCUUAUCAGUGCGACAAGCUUUUAGGGGACAGCGAUCAAAUAACGUUCCUCCAGCGGGAGCAAUAUGACGUUGCCAUCGUGGAUGCGUUCAAUCCCUGUUCCUUCAUCAUAGCACACAAACUUGGUGUCCGCUAUAUCGCCUUCUAUCCUGGCCCUCUGAACGGUCCUCUGUCCUUAGACGUCCCCUCGGCCAUCUCUUCAGUGCCAGCUUUCGGCUCACAGUUGACCGACCACAUGGACCUCUGGGGUCGUGCAAAGAACUUUAUCUACUCUCUACUAGGCACUGCAGGCCAGAAAAUUGUCUGGUCCAUGUUCAAGGACGUAGCUGAGCGCCACCUGGGCUCGGUCUCCCACCUCGGUGGCCUGGACGAGUUCCACCAGAAGGCCGAACUCUGGGCCUUUAACACUGACUUUUCCCUUGAGUUCCCACAGCCUCUCCUGCCUUCCAUUGUGUUGAUGGGGGGGCUCCUCAAUAAACCCGCCAAACCUGUGGCUAAGGAUCUCGAAUCUUGGAUUUCCAGUUUUGGAGACUCGGGUUUCAUCGUUGUGACUUUGGGAUCAAUGGUCUCUUCCGUGUCUGUGGAUCGGCUUCUGGUGGAGCUGGUGGACGGCUUCUCCGUGAUCCCCCAAGGACAUGACAAGGUGUGUCUCUUCAUCACGCACGGAGGUCAGAACAGUCUCCUGCAGGCGGUUUAUCACGCCGUCCCCGUGCUAGGCAUCCCCCUCUUCGGAGAUCAGUUUGACAAUGUGGUGAGGGCUGAAGCAAAGGGUCUGGGCCUCACCGUCAGCCCCGCCCGGAUCACCGGCGAGCUGCUGCACACUACCGUACAAACUCUAAUACAGGAUGCCAGGUUCAAGUCAGCAGCUUUGUCCCUCAGCCGCAUUCACAGAUCACACCCCGUACCCCCCGCGCUUCGUCUCGUGCAGUGGGUGGAGCAUAUCCUGCACAGCGGAGGGGGCGCUCACCUGAAGCCAACCUCACUGCAGCAGCCGUGGUUCCAGAGAUGCCUGCUGGACCUGCUUCUCCUCUUACUGAUGACUCUUGUCGGGUCUGUCCUCCUCUGCUGCGUUCUUUGCAAGAGCAAAACAAUCAAAGGUGAAAGCAAGAAAAUACAAUAGUAUUUCGGCGAGUUUGUCGAUACCCCUCGUGACUCAGUGGUACCUUUCUUGCGGGAAUCCAACCUGGGGUCAGUGGAGCGCGGGCAGCAUUUUGGAGUACUUUCAGUUUUCUGCAACCAUUGGAUGAAGAUUUUUUUGUUCAAAGAUGGCCAAAUUGUUGAUGAAAAAGAUAUUGGCAUGACCAAAAGUCUUGAAAGCGGAUUUUUCAAUAAAAUAAUUCCAAAUGUCAGUGAAAUGUCAAACAUUCAACAUUUUGGAAAUCUGUUACAAGGGAAGGUUUUAAGCAUUUUUUUUUUUUACAAUGGGAAAUGUACUUCUUUAAAGUGGCACUAAAGUUUUUUCUAUCAUCUUGGAUACCCUUUUGCCAGGUUUCACAAUGAUUUGGCCCAGUAUGUCAUUUUUCAAGCUACUUUAGCUUGUCCUUUUAGGGCUUUUCUGCAGGAGUCUGCUUUCUCAUUCAUAUGUAGCUGACUGGAUCUAAUUUGAAUACUCAUAUCUCUGAUAAGCCGUCCGGGGACUGUGUAUAUGGGAAACUUGUGGAAUUUGGCAAUGGGUUUAGGGACUUUAAUGCAUCGC